AUGUUUGUAAAUAUGCGCAGAGAAGAGCAGGAGUACGAAUAUCUAUACAAGAUAGUUUUGAUUGGAGACAGUGGAGUAGGAAAGACUAACCUUUUGGAAAGGCUGGCCCAUAACAGAUUUAACACAAACACGAAGUCCACCAUUGGCGUAGAGUUUGACACAAAGUGCUUUGUUGUAAACGGGAAGAAAAUAAAGGCGCAGAUCUGGGAUACUGCAGGGCAGGAGAGAUACCGCGCAAUUACAUCUGCAUAUUACAGAGGAGCUGUGGGGGCCAUUGUGGUGUACGAUAUAUCCCGAAAGGAGACCUUUGACAACGCAAGGACAGAGUGGAUAAAGCAGCUGAAGGACAACUCAGAGAGCGGCCUGGUCAUUUCCUUGGUUGGAAACAAAACCGACCUAAAUGAAAAGCGGCAGGUGUCUCUGCAGGAGGCUAGGGAGGCAGCGCAGAUAGGGGGAUACCAGCUAACAGAAACAUCAGCUCUUUCGGACGUAAAUGUGCAGGAGGCCUUUGAAACCCUUAUACAGAAAAUAUACCAAACCCGUGCUGGAGAGAGACACAGCGCACCAAAGCAAGACAUUAUAAACCUAGAGGACGAUGCAGCAAUGAAAGCCUCAAACAGCUGGUGCUGCUAA